AUGCAAAACUAUAUUUUCAACACCAAAUACAUCAGACACAUCAGCAAUAUUCUCAAAGGUAUUAUACCUCUAUCAAUGCCAGGUGAUGGAAAGUUCAAUUACCCACCGUCUACGCAACCUGAAGCCCAACCCGAAAACACCGAAGUAACCCCCCGACUCGAAGCACAACGCAAAGUCAAAAUCCCACACCACCUCGUUCGAGUCUUCAAUACAUUAUUCUUCCAACCCGGCCAAAACAACACACCAGGCGAUGUCCCAUGGAUUGAAUUUCUAAAAGCGAUGGUAAAAAUAGGUUUCGCAGCACAGAAAUUAUAUGGAAGUGUUCGGAAAUUCUCGCCUGUUUCUAAGGAGGGAGAAGAAAAUACAGGAGCAGAUAAGAGCAUUCAAUUCCAUGAACCGCAUCCGGGUGUUAAGAUUAGUUUUAAUGUUGCUAGAAGAAUGGGAAGAAGAUUGAUGAGGAGUUUUGGGUGGUCCAGUAGGAUGUUUGAGGAGGAGUAG